AUGGCGGCCGAACCCGCCGCUGCUUCGGCGGCGGCCGCGAUCUCCGCCGUGAUGGACUGGCGCUCCUCCCCCGACGCCCGCGCCGCCGCCUUCGCGUACCUCGAAUCGGUUAAGAGUGGAGACGUCCGAGCCUUGGCAAGCACAUCGUUUCUCUUGGUUCGGAAGGACCAGACGUCAGAGAUCCGCUUGCACGGGUUCAAGAUGUUGCAGCACCUGGUAAGAUUGAGGUGGGAGGAGCUCAGUGCUGCAGAGCGGAAUGAAUUUGCUAAUUUGACAAUUAAUUUGAUAUCGGAUGUUGUUGGCCCUCAUGAGGUGUGGGCCUUGAAGAGUCAAACAGCUGCUUUAGUAGCAGAGGUAGUUCGAAGGGAGGGAGUUGAUUUGUGGAAUACUUUAUUCCCAUCUAUUGUUUCUGUCUCUAACAGUGGCCCUAUUGAGGCUGAGUUAGUUGCCAUGAUUCUAAGGUGGCUUCCAGAGGAUAUCACUGUUCAUAAUGAAGAUUUGGAGGGUGAUAGGCGGAGAUCUCUGUUACGCGGCCUUACUGAGUCACUGUCACAAAUUCUACCUCUAUUGUAUUCUCUACUUGAGAAACAUUUUGUUGCUGCUUUAAGCGAGCAUGCAAAGCAGCAAAUGGAUUUGGCGAAACAACAUGCAGGGACAGUGACGGCAGUUCUGAAUGCUGUCAAUGCAUAUGCUGAAUGGGCCCCUGUGACAGAUCUAGCCAAAUAUGGUUUAAUUCAUGGAUUUGGGUCCUUGCUUUCUUACAGCGAUUUUCGCCUCCAUGCUUGCGAGUUUUUUAAAGUGAUAUGCCAGAGAAAAAGACCUGUGGAUGUGGCAGUUGCUGAGUAUGAUGCUGCAAUGUGCAACAUUUUCCAGGUGUUGAUGAACAUUUCACAACAAUUUUUGACCAGAUCUGGCAUGCAGCCCAGCUCUAUUGAUGAGAGCGAAUAUGAGUUUGCAUCGUGUGUUUGUGAGACAAUGGUUGCUUUAGGAUCUUCAAACAUGCAAUGCAUACUAGCCGAUGGAGCCAGGACUUUCCAGUUCUUACAACAAAUGCUGGAGUAUUACCAACAUUACAAAAUCGCGCUUCAUUUCCAGUCUUUAUUAUUUUGGCUGGUGGUAUUGAGAGAACCAUCAAAAGCUAAGUCUGUUGCACGUGUUUCUGGUGAUAAUUCUGCUGCUGGUAAUUCUGCAUCUACUGGUGACUUAUCAACAGAAAAGGAGAAGAAAGGGGUAUCAGUAUUUGUCACUGACGAAAUAUACAGUACAAUUUUGGAUGUUUCUUUCAAGAGAAUGCUCAAGAACAGUGGAAGUGCAACUUCUGGGUUGUUAGAACUAUGGAGCGAAGAGCUUGAGGGGAAAAGUGACUUCUGCAACUACCGCACCAAAUUGUUGGAUCUCAUUAAAGUCAUUGCUUCUCAAAGAUCUGUGAUUGCUGCAGCAAGUAUUGUUCAGAGAAUAAAUGUUGUCUUUGGAGAUGCUAAUCAAGCAACUAAAUCCCCCCAGGAUCUUGACGCAAUGGAAGGGGCUCAACUGGGGCUUGAAGCAGUUGUCAGUGCUAUUUUUGAUGGCUCAUUUGAUUGUGGAAAAACUGAUUUGGAGACGAAAUCCCAACUGCACAAGAUUUUUGAAGGCUUACUUCAACAGCUUCUUUCGUUAAAGUGGACAGAACCUAACCUUGCAGUUAUUCAUGGUCAUUAUUUGGAUGCUUUGGGCCCUUUCUUGAAAUAUUAUCCAGAUGCAGUUGCCAGUGUUGUUAAUAAGCUUUUUGAACUGUUGACGUCUCUCCCAAUCACAUUUCAGGAUCCAUCAAACAAUUCUCGCCUAGCAAGGUUGCAGAUCUGCUCAUCAUUCAUUCGUAUAUCGAGAGCUGCUGAUAAAGCUCUUCUGCCUCACAUGAAGAACAUUGCUGAUACCAUGGCUUACCUUCAAGGAGAGGGCCGCUUACUACGUGGUGAACAUAAUCAUUUAUGUGAAGCGUUUCUUGUGAUGGCGUCCUCUGCUGGGAUUCAACAGCAACAAGAAGUUCUUGCCUGGUUACUUGAACCUCUUAAUAAAAUGUGGACUCAAGUGGAAUGGCAAACUGCAUACUUGUCUGACCCUUCUGGUUUGACAAACAUGUUUGCCGAUAGCCAAUUCAUGUGGUCAAUUUAUCACACGGUUACAUUCUUUGAAAAGGCACUCAAGAGAAGUGGAACCAAAAAGUCUUCAGCAACUCCACAAGCACCCACCACAACAGUACCUGGUUAUCUGCAUCCGAUGUCUUCACAUCUAGCAUGGAUUGUGCCCCCUCUCUUAAGGCUGCUGCGAUGCAUACAUGCUCUUUGGUCUGAGCCAUUUGCCCAGUCUCAGACACGGGAAAUCAAAGCAGCAAAAAACAUGACUGUUGCGGAGCAGGCUAGCCUUCUAGGAGAGACAGGGAAACUUACCAAAGGCCAGGUUGCUCCUGCUGAUGGAUUGCUGGAUGUUCAGAGAGAUGGAGAAUCUAAAGAAAACAAUAUAAAAAACUGGUUGCGUGGGAUCCGAGACAGCGGGUACAAUGUUUUAGGAUUAGCAGCUACUCUUGGGGAAGCAUUCUUUCGAUGCAUAGAGGGUUCUUCUGUCACCCUUGCUCUUAUGGAGAAUGUGCAAAUUAUGGAGUUUCGGCAUCUGGGCCAACUUAUCCACCUUGUUAUUAUUCCAUUUGUUAAAUAUUGCCCUGCCGAUCUAUGGCAUGUGUGGCUAGUGAACCUUUUGCAGCCAUUAUUUGUCCACUGUCAGCAAGCUCUUAAUUAUUCAUGGUCCAGUCUUCUUCAUGAGGGUCGGGCUAAGGUUCCUGACAGCAUUGGUAAUCUUCCUGGGUCAGAACUGAAGGUAGAGGUAAUGGAAGAAAAGUUGCUACGUGACUUGACUCGCGAAGUAUGUUCUGUGCUUUGGGCCUUAUCAUCACCAGGCUUAAAUAAUGGACUUCCAUCCUUGGAACAACUUGGACCUUCCAACCGGAUGGAUUCUGUUCUGAAGAAUCUGGAGUCCUUUGCUUCAAGUUCUCUAACUGGAUUUCUUAUUCUUCAUGUUGGCACAGCUCUUCCUGCAUUGAGGAUAUCAGUUGAAGUGUUCACUUGGACAGAUAGCGAAGCUGUGACUAAAGUUAUCCCCUUUUGUGGUGCAUUGAUCCACCUAGCCGUUGCUUCAAACCAGGCUGAGUUGAGGCAGUUUGUUGCAAAGGAUUUAUUUUCCUCUAUAAUACACGGUUUAUCUGUUGAAUCAAAUUCAGUCAUGAGUGCUGAACUUGUUGGACUUUGUCGGGAGAUAUAUGUCUAUCUGUCUGAUAGAGAUCCUGCACCUAGGCAGGUUCUUCUUUCCCUCCCACACAUUAAGCAGGAAGAUUUACUAGCAUUUGAUGACUCUUUAAGUAAAACUGCUAGUCCAAAAGAGCAAAAGCAACAUAUGCGAAGCUUACUUCUGCUGGCUACAGGGAACAAACUAAGAGCCCUUGCUGCUCAGAAGACAACUAAUGUGAUUACCAAUGUUACAAUUCGAUUACUUGAAAUGGAUCUUAUGCUGCACGAAAUAGGAGCUCUACUGCUCACCAUGGAUCAAGUGCCGAAGAAGAUGGCCAUAUUGGGUUGGCCACACUAUCAUCGACAUGAUCUGCAAAAAUUUUGGGAGUGUAAAAAAGGUUGUAUAACAUAG